CUGCGAAUGUACGCCUCAAGUUAGGUGUACCUGUGGUUUGUUUUGGUUGACAAUUGCUGCAUGACUUGGGUAACCAUGGCGAUCCCUAUUGCCAUCUUGGACUGUGAUCUACUCUUACAUGGUAUAGGUCAUAAGACCCUGGACCGCUUUGACCUGGACUCUGUUUCAGACAGUUUCCUCCUCACACAAUUUGGAUUCCCCAGAGAGUUUAUUCUGUAUCUGGUGGAAUUACUCAGAGAGGCUCUCUGCAGACGUACCCAGCGGUCCAGAGCCAUCAGUCCUGAGGUCCAGGUGUUGGCUGCUUUGGGCUUUUACACAUCUGGCUCAUUCCAGACAUCUAUGGGAGAUACUAUAGGGAUCAGCCAGGCUUCAAUGUCAAGAUGUGUGUCCAAUGUGACCAAAGCCCUGGUGGAGAAAGCUCCUCAGUUCAUCAUGUUCAACAUGGAUCCCUCCAGCAGAGAGCAGUCCUUCCAGGAGUUUCAGAGAGUUGCAGGAUUUCCAGGAGUUCUGGGGGUGCUGGACUGUGUUCAGGUCGCCAUCAAAGCUCCAAACAGUGAAGACUCGUCGUAUGUGAACAAGAAGGGGUUUCACUCUGUGGGCUGCCAGCUUGUUUGUGACGCUCGAGGAUUGUUACUCAGCGCAGAAACCCACUGGCCAGGUGGCCUCAAAGACACUGAUGUUCUAGAGAGAUCUGCUCUCCACAAACAGCUGCAGGACACCGAGAAGGGCUGGCUGCUGGGUGACCGUCGUUAUCCUCUGAGGAAGUGGUUGAUGACGCCGGUGGACAGACCAGAUUCCCCUGCAGAGUUUCGAUACAAUCUGGCUCACACUGCUACACAUGAGAUAGUGGACAGAACCUUCAGAGCCAUCCAGACCAGAUUCAGAUGUUUAGAUGGCACCAAAGGAUAUCUACAGUAUUCUCCAGAGAGGAGUUCGUCCAUCCUGCUGGCCUGCUGUGUCCUCCACAACGCCUCCCUGCAGUCUGGAUUAGACGCCUGGACUCUGGAGAGGACAGACCCUCUGGAGCAGCCCGAGACCCUGGAACAGAGACCUGAAGACCGUGACAGCCAGGCGGAGGACCUCAGAAAACAGCUCAUACUCAAACACUUCAGCUGAAGUGCUGGCUGGGCCCAAGGACUCAAGUCAGCCAGUGUCACAGAUUUUAAUAGUAGUCAGAUCAAAAACAAACUCAAGUCAAGUUCCUGUUGAGGUUGAAGGGGAUCAAGACUAAGUCAAGACUGGGACCAGAGUAAUUUUUUUUUUUUUUUU